CAGGCCCGGGGCGGGCAACAGGCUCUGGCUGUUUUCUCAUCCUGCAGGAAUUCGGCUCCAUGGGCCGGGCAUUUUUUUCCCCUCCUUUCACUCUCUCCCUUUGGAGACUUUCCGCAUUCUGCCUUUGAUCUCCCCCCUGUGUUUGUCCAGCCGAUCGGCUCAGACGGGGUUAGAGGCUGAGGUCAGCGCCUUUUCCAUUCCAAACACCCAGAAACAUCAGUGAGAAGGGAGGGGAUUCAGAUUACAACCUUCCCGUCCUCCCCUUCCAACCCUGCCCCACACGCACGCAGCGCCCGGACCCGCUGCCACUGCACGGCGAGCGCUGCCCGGCUGCGGGUGCCAGGGAUGCGCUGAGCCCCCCCGGCACGGGGACAUCGCAGCGGCCGAGGCUCUGCCGGGAGCCACCGCUGCGACACGAUGCUGUGCCCGGUGCCCUGAGAGCUCAGCGAUGGACCGAGGUGUGGGGCGGCAUCUCCGGAUAGACAGCGUGCACCCGGCGUGCUGAACCGCGGCGGACUGGACAUCACCUCCUCCUCCUCCUUUCCGUCUCCCGACUUUCCUUUCCGUCUCCUUUCCUCCGUCCAAUGUGAUCAGCCCCGAGCCUGGUGGCGAGCGGGGGGGGCACACAGAUGCCUCGCAGGAGUUUCGACCGCUCAGGACCGCGGUCACGUCCUGGCGGGCAGCAGCUCGCUGGGGCUGAGCCCAUGCGCUCGGCUCUGCUCCUGCUGCUGCCCUUGCUGGCGGCCGCCGCCGGGCUGAGCCUACAGCAGGCCAGGAUGCGGCACCUGGGGGUGUGCCCCAACCAGCUGAACCCCAACCUGUGGGUGGACGCUCAGAGCACCUGCGAGAGGGAGUGCCAGGCAGACCAGGACUGCGAGGGCUUUGAGAAGUGCUGCACCAACGUGUGCGGGCUGCGCAGCUGCGUGGCCGCGCGCUUUGCUGACGGCAGCCUGCUGGCACUGGAGCUGGGCCGCGGGCCGUCCUGCGAGAGCUUCGUGUGCGCCCAGCAGGGCUCCGACUGCGACAUCUGGGACGGGCAGCCGGUCUGCAAGUGCAAGGACCGCUGCGAGAAGGAGCCCAACUUCACCUGCGCCUCCGACGGCCUCACCUACUACAACAAGUGCUACAUGGACGCCGAGGCCUGCCUGCGUGGCACGCGCCUCACCACCGUGCCCUGCAAGCACAUCUUCACCUGGCCCGACACCAGCCCGGUGCCACGGGAGACCACGGCCCGGCCCACCCCCGGAGCGGGCCCCGAGCCACUGGUUCCUCCCGCGCUGUACAGCAACCCCUUCCACCAGUCGGUUCGUGCCGGCGGCACCGUCAGCUUCCGCUGCGACGUCAGCGGCCGCCCGCGGCCCGACAUCACCUGGGAGAAGCAGAGCGAGCGCGCCGAGAACUUCAUCAUGCGGCCGGACCAGAUGUACGGCAACGUGGUGGUCACCAACAUCGGGCAGCUGGUCAUCUACAACGCGCGCCACGAGGACGCCGGCAUCUACACCUGCACGGCCCGCAAUGCCGCGGGGCUGCUGCGCGCCGACUUCCCGCUGUCGGUGCUGAAACGUGAACCCGGGGCGGUCCCGCGAUGCUGA